CCAACCCCUACGACGCCCUGACCUCUUCAGAUCUUGCUCCGCCCACAACAUCCAACACCUCCCUGCGCCCUGAUCUUGAUCCAUUGCCACGAUUCUGAGAUCUCUCUGUACGUGAUAACUUGGAUCGAGACCUUCUCCUUCGUUCAUUUUACACUCUCCGUACAAGCACAAGAUAUAUACAAGAUCCUACAACCCGUACAUGUCGGGACCCCCUCGACAGACGAUAUCGCCUGUAACACGUUCAUUUUACGAGUCUCGUAUUUGGCCGCAAGGAUCACCCGUGUUCUGACACCCAUCCACUUUCCCAUCCGUCACCUGCGCGAUUAGCAGCUCUACCAAUUCAUCUUGAACAUAACACGACGCUCUCUUAAGAACUUCAUCCUCCCUUGAGAUCUCUGGACUGUUACAGCUAAGCCUAAGUUCCUAUCGACCUAAAUCCAUCUCGGUCACUCCGCUUGCCGCGGGCAAGCUCUCUUGAUUCUCGGGACCCCUCGAAACCAAAGCGACACAACCAUGUCGGCCACAGACAGUACAGACACGAACAACCUCACGACGACCAUCGUCACGACCUCGACAAGUUUAACCACCUCUCCGACCACGACCGUUAUAGUCACUGAAUCUACCACCUCAACGCCCGAUAUAACCACCACAACUCCUCCUCCUCCUUCAACUACCGUCUCGACCAUUUCCAUUCCCCCUUCCACCACCGUAGUAGUCACGACACCGAGUCCGACGACACCAAGCGUAGUCGAUGUCACAUCUACAAUCACUCAGACACCUCCGACCUCGGAUAACAAUACUCCGACCCCUUCGACCAUUGUAGUCACCUCAACAUUUGCCCCCGACACUUCUAGUAGCACUGCGACCUCGAGCAGGACAUCGACAGAAUCUGCGGCGAGUUCCUCUGCAGCAGCCUUGAGUGCUUCUGGCUCCGGGUCCAGUUCCGGCAGUGGCCUCGGUUCAGGAGCCAAGAUCGCCAUAGCCGUCGUGAUCCCUAUUGUGGUGAUCGCCGCGGCACUUUUGAUCGGGUUCUUCCUAUGGCGGAAGAGAAAGGCUCGCAAGAAUGCGGAAGAACUCCGGAAGAAUGAGAUGGCCGAGUAUGGUUUCAACCCGAACAGCGAUCCCACACUCGUGGCCGGGGCCGGUGCAUAUACCGACAAUCAGUCAGAGCCACAAGAUGACAGCAGCGGAUAUCGGGGAUGGGGAGCCACCUCUUCCAACCGCAAAGCCUCCACGACGCUUGGUUCGAAUGGUCGAGGAAACAAUGGAAUGGCCAUGUCGGAGAGUAGCAGCCAGCCUGGUGGUAACGGCUACAAAGACUCACCGGCCGGCGCGUCCGACGGUUAUUCUGCUGACCCUCUGAUGAACGGUCAUCCCGAAGGCGGUGACGGUGUUGCGGCCUUGGGAGCCGGAGGACUGACUCGGAAUCGUAGUGAUGCUGCAGGAAUUCGACGAGGGCCAUCCAACGCGUCCUCUGCCUACUCGACAGGUCAUCAGUCCGAGGCUUCCUCUUCUGACACGCCCAAUGCAUCAGGUCCGUACUACCAGGAGGAAGUGCCCUACAACAUCUACAACGACGCAGCCCCGAGUCACGGACCAUAUGGCGACGGCUCUUAUGGAGGUGCCGGAGGCCAGCCUGUGAUACGAGAUGUCCAAGCAAGACGAAAUACUCGGAUCGAGCGAGCGCCCACAUUCCCGCAGACCCAAGGUGGAAUUGCACAAAAUUUCUAGAGCCGCCGACCGGUGUUUUUGUUUUGUUCUGUGUCUCAUUGCCACAAAUGCAUGGCGGGGGAGUCUUGACAUUUCUUUCAUUGAAAAGUUUCGUUCAUCGUAUCCAUCUAUACCCCUGAGUUUUGGGGGGUUUAAGCUCCCUGAAACUCUGACGACUUUCCUAUCAAAUUUAUCUUCCUAUCGCGGCAUUUACAGAACUUGUUUGGUGGAAGGGAAAGGAUAAAUCUUUGUACAGUGCGUUUUGAGGGGGGGGAACAAGACCACACUCGAGAUGUUUAAGCCGAACACCUACUUAAUAGCUGGCCGGACAAUAUGUUCGUAUCGGGGUGAAGGCUAGCGGUUGGAGUGAAGAUGUAGUGGCGAAGUAGUGCAGAAUGAGAAUUUUUGUAGCUACAGAGAGGAAUCUGUUCAAUUGUGGAAUCACGAGUAUUACAGAUAUGCAUCUAUUUGAGGUAUUCUUUCAUCGUUGUUGGUCUCACGAUUUGGU